AACACAUGCUCUGCAAAAUUUAAAGAUGGCGAACUGUGCGUUGCUUUAUCUGACCCGGUUAUGCCCUAAAACAGUUUUGUCAUCAAGUCUGUCACAUGCAAAUCGCUUGUACAAAACAAACCUUCGACACAUCUCACAGACGUGCGGUCGAUAUGCAGUGGCAGCGGCCAAGAAGACAUACGUGCGGGACAAACCUCACCUGAACGUUGGUACCAUAGGACACGUUGACCAUGGAAAAACUACACUGACUGCUGCCAUCACAAAAGUUCUAGCAGACGAGAAAAAAGCCGAAUUCAAAGCAUACGCUGAGAUAGAUCGGGCCCCAGAGGAGCGGGCUCGAGGCAUCACCAUCAAUGCGACAACCGUCGAGUACUCAACUGACAAAAGACAUUAUGGACACGUAGACUGUCCGGGGCAUGCUGAUUACAUAAAGAACAUGAUAACAGGGACUGCCCAGAUGGAUGGAGCCAUCUUAGUAGUUGCGGCGACCGACGGUACAAUGCCCCAAACCCGAGAACAUCUACUUCUUGCUAAGCAGAUUGGAAUUGAGAAAUUAGUGGUCUUCGUUAACAAAGCUGAUGUGGCUGAUAAGGAGAUGCUGGAACUGGUUGAAAUAGAAGUGAGGGAGUUACUGAGUGAGUUUGGUUAUGAUUCGACAGAAACGCCCGUCAUUAUUGGAUCUGCUCUAUGCGCUCUUGAGAACAAGCAGCCAGACAUAGGGAAAGACUCCAUCAAGAAGUUAUUGGACGCCGUCGACUCGUACAUACCCCAGCCGACCAGGGAGCUAGAUAAACCGUUCUACAUGCCUAUCGAACAGGUCUUCACCAUUGCUGGUAGGGGUACUGUGGUGACAGGAAAGUUGGAGAGGGGAGUCAUCAAGAAGGGUGACGAAGCCGUCAUCAUGGGACAUGGCAAGCAGCUGAAGAGUACCAUCACUGGUGUCGAAAUGUUCCAUCAAACACUGGACAGGGCAGAGGCUGGAGACCAGAUGGGUGCCUUGUUAAGGGGACUGAAGAGGGACGAACUGAGGAGAGGGCAGGUACUGGCUAAGCCCGGGACCAUCACCAUGCACAACCAUUUUGGAGCACAGGUGUACUUCCUUUCGAAAGAGGAAGGCGGGAAAAACAAGGCCUUCAUGAGCAACUUCCAGGCCCAGAUGUACUGCAAGACCUGGGACGCCCCCAUUCUCAUGGAACUCCCCGAGGGCAAGGAGAUGGUCAUGCCCGGAGAAGAUGCCCCUGUCAAAUUCCACAUCAGGAAACAAAUGGUCUUAGAGAAAGGUCUGCGCUUCACGAUGAGGGAUGGAGGUUCGACCCUGGGCUACGGUGUGGUCACUGACCUCCUCCCGGACGUCGACAUCGACAAGCUGGACGAGGAGAGGAAGAAGGAGAAGAAGGCCAGAAUGAAGGAAGAGCAAGCAAAGGAGAAGGCUUGACGAUGUCAUGAUGAUGAUGAUGGUGGCGUGAUGAUGAUGAUGAUGACGUGUUGUGGCGCUAUUAUGGUAAUGUGACGUUGAUGCUUUACUGUAACAGGAUAAUCAUGGUGGUGUGACGUCAUACUGUGACGUGGUUAGUGAUGAUGAUGAUGAACAUAAUUUUCUGGAUGACGGUUGUUAUUAUGGUUAUUUUUAACACAUUUAAAAAGCCUGACGAUUAUAAUAAUGACGUCACUAUGAUGAUUUGUACUGAGAGGUGAUGACGAUGAUGAAAAUGAUCUUCUCAACUCAUUGAUCACGUGAUUGAUUACGUCAUCAUGAACUGUUAAUGUGUUUCAUUUAAUUUUAUGUCGUUCUAAUUUUCCGUGAUUUUUUAUACAAAUAAAUAAAUAAAGUGUGUGUGUGUGUGCUUGUGAAUUAAUAAGAAUUAAGAAAUAAUAAAUAAUAAUUAUUAUAUUAUUAUUAUUGUUAUAAUUAUUCCCAACAAUUGUAAUAAUAACAUAACAAUCAUGAUUGCACACACAGCACGUUGUUAAGUUUAAUUUGACGUUGAAAAGUCGUGCUGAGAGAAAAUUCAAUGAGUGAAUGAAUGAGUGAACGAAGUAAUGAAUGAACGAAUAAAAAAUAUGACAAAGGAUUAACGAUUACGAAAAAUGUAUGUAUGAAUGGAGUGAAUGAAUGAAAAAUAGAAGAAAAGAAUGAUUGAAUGGUUGAUGAAUGAAUGAAUUGCUAAUGAAUGAAUUGAAUGAAUGAAUGGUUAAUGAAUGAAUGAAUGGUUGGUGAAUGAAUGAAUGAAAACAAUUGAAAAACUCACAUUUGAAUGAACUGUUGCGUUCUGCCAGAUAUCAAUCUAUUUUUAUAAAUAAAAAUAAUUUCAUACAAAAAA